AUGGCCGAGUCUGAGACUGACGACAACUGCUACGAGCGAAAGGACAUUCCGGUAGAUAAUUUCGGCAGUGAUUUCUAUCACAGCCGGGAUGUAACUACACGACAUCUCAACCGGCACCUAGCGAACUGUGCAUCCGAGCUAUCCCCGGCCAAUAGCCGUCCCAUUUCAUUGCCAGCGAAACUAAGCAGCCCUGAGCGGGUUUGCGAUGGAAAUCGCGACUACAUCGAUGGUGCAACGAACGUGGUUGACAGUUCUUCACUGAUCAGGCGAUACGCUGAGGUGACCAAAUUUAAGCAGGAAACCAUUUCAAAUAGUGGAAGUACAAACCGACUAUCAAAAGGGAUGGAGUCUUCACUUCUAAUGGCUAAGAAGCGAUUGAGUUCGUUGCAUUCCUCUUCACAACAUAAUGAAUCGGAACUCACGGACGACGAUCUGAUGCCUCUGCUACCGAACAAUCGUGAAUUAUCUCAGGAGGAACUUUAUGAGUCGCAUACGUCGCUUGUGUCCAGCUCUGAUGGAGGUAGACUGGCCGAAGGCGAGGAUACUUCGAGUGACGAGGAGUCACAACAAUCGGAUAGCUCAGCCAACCCGACAGCAAUCGUGUUGAGCUUGCUGGAACGUUUGCUUCGUUCACAUCCUGUUUGGUUCUUACCUGGUAUUCAGCGUUCCGGUGCGAUCCAUUUGCUUCAGGGAAAAGAAGAAGGAACUUUUAUCGUCCGUGGAUCGAGUCAGUCGAAGACGAUGGCGGUUUCCGUGCGUUUGCCUCCGAAUUCUGGACCGUAUAUUGAACACUAUCUGAUACAAUCCAACAAUGGUCAGCUUAGUCUGGAAAGCUCUCGUUUCAAGUUCGACUCGAUACCCUCUCUCAUUGCUCAUUACACGCAGUGCUGUGACGAGUUGCCAGUGCAGCUUUGCCUUCCAGUGGCUUUGCGGGAAGCAAAAAAUCGCCAGCAGCUGUCCUCGUUGGCUUUGCUAGGUCAAGAAUUUUGGCGCUAUCCGAUGGCUAGCUCACCGAAACCAAAGCUGCCGACCAUUCCGGCUACGCCGUCCGCUACCUCUAGUCACAUGAACACGCCAUCCGAGGCGACACAUUCGAGCGGCAUCGGCAUUUCAGUACUUAACCAUACCCCGACUGGGCAUACUUCGUCCGUUGGGAUGCCGUUGGGUUCGAUGGGAAUGGCAAACACUUUCGGGGAGACACCGACCGACACCUUUUCCACGCUAAGUAGCUUUACAGCUAGUAACGGUCAAACACUGCUCAGCCCGGAAUCAAUUGAUAGUGCCAUCAUGAUGUCUCCAAUGGACCCGCACCAAAGCCAAACGGGCAUUAUUGGCAAAACGAGUACAUUCAAGGCGCGCAAACAGCAAAUCGUAUCUCCUACGGCACCACCCGAAGUUGAAAAGCAUAUCGAAUUAUUCAACGCUACCCUACUAGGAAGCUUCACCGGAAGUUCAAACGGUGAUGCCAUCGGUGGUGAAAUGUCAACUUCUACCUCAUCAUCGAUGGAAAGCAGGCAGAGUGAUGGGCAAAAUGCGACCAGCACGUUGGAAAGGAAACCACGUGCUCCGAGGCCUACUCCACCAAACACGCUCAACAUUAAACCAAUCAGGAGUCCUCCGGCGCCUCCAGCAAGGCGUAUACAACUUCCUCUGGUAGAGAACAGUCCGACAGUAGAAGGUGGUGGGUUUACUCCUCAAAAACCUGCUGCUGUGACUCCUAGCACGGGUUUUCCAUCAAUGGAUACUUCAUUGCAUCGUAAAGAGCUGCCUUCCUCCGCUGGUGGCAAAAAUAUUAGCAAUAUUCCACCUGCUGGUACCACUUUAUGGUACUGUGACAACGAGAUUACGGGCGAAGGAGUUGGGAACGUAUUCAAGCAACAACAUCCUUUAGAUCCAACACAUAAUCCUAGAACGGAUAUGGAUACUGCAUGCAUGAGCAUUCCAGCGAAUAGUACUCGCGUCAGUCGUCGUAACAAACGCAAAGAAUCCAAGCACUACCAGGAAUCGGACAUCCUUGAGUCACCUUCUGUUUACUGUCGAAGUACGUUAGUCGAUAAGAUUAGCGAUUACGAGGACAUCUGGUCACAGGAGGUAACGAAAGGCGAUCGAAGAUCUCUUAUAGGGCCCCGGCAUGGAAUAAUCAUCCACGAAGAUUUAACACUUAAAGGUCUUGUUUCUCCAUCGAUGGAAUCCAUGAGCUUCGGGCCAAAUAAACUAAUCUCAUCUCGCAAUGCAGCUGCACCAUCGUAUUCUGUGGACAAUCUUGCGGUUGGUUUGGGUGGUAUAGAUUCAGCGAGUGAUCGUGUCAGUACGCCUACAGACAGACCAGCGCCAGCACGUCCACCAGUAGCUUUGAAAACGUUCUCCCCAGUGCCAAGGAAUGACGAUAGGUUUAGUCGAGCGCCAGUAUCAGAUAAGCUACAGCGAUCAUGCUCAAACAUAUCUUACAUUGCUCCCGCUGGUACUCCCGUAACAUUUGAAGAUGUAAUGAGUGGGGCUAGUGGUAACCAGGAGCAGAAACAGACCAGUCCUUUCUACGCCGAUCCAGCUGACAUUUUGCCACAUAACAUAAUACGACGCAGCCCUUUGAACCGGUUGGCUUCGUCAAACAGUAGUCAGCGUCAUUCGGAACCCCCAAAGCAGUUGUUUGGCAAUGAGGACUCAUUACUAGCCUCAGUACACCCAUGGGGAAACGGACAAGGGUAUAAUGUUAAUAACAACUUUGCUGCUUCACUUGAUGAGUUGACACUAGAUAAAAAUGAUUCAAUGGUAACGGGUGUUCGGAUGCACGAAUUAAACAUUACCGCUGGUAGUAGCGGUCUUGGAACAAACGAUUAUGACUCGGAUAUUCGAUGGAAGACUCCCUCGUUGUCGAUUAGGUCUAUAGAACCGUCAACCAAAUCGCAGCAAAAAAGUGCGGACAGUCUUGUCGGAAGACCGGUAACGAUUCAUCAGAUUAUCGCGAAAAAAUUGCCUGCGUUGAAUUUGUCAGAAAAAUUGUUGGACGGAAUUUUGGAGAAUGAUAGUACCGGUGCUAAUGGUGAAUCUGGAUUCGGAACGUUAAGUAAGAGAGGACAACGAAAAUCUGCCUAUGAUAACGUGGAAAAGCAUGUUAAUGCAUACGCUACUUCAGUCAUCAAUAGUGCACAUUCAGAUGAUGGUACUGUGUUUUCCGAACCGUGGGAUAGCUCUCAAUGGGACUCCUUCUUUCCUAACGAUCAAUCAACGAUAAAUGUUCCGAACAUAGGCAACACCUACGAGAACACCGGUCCAGUUUCGCAGGAUAAUCGCUAUCGUAGAGAUAUACAACAACAACAACAACAACAACAACAGCCGCAACAAUCACAACAAAAAGUUGCCACCAUUCUGCGAUCCCGUAGUUGUCGCGAUCGUGAAAUUUUAUGUCAUCCGCGCAACAGAACCUCGCAUAACGGUCCCGGUGAGUCGAUUGCGACAUACGCGUUCUAUCUUGCCAGCAAACCAGACUCGACGUUCUCUCGCAAUGUAAGCAAUUUCAUCGCCUGCACCAAGGAAUCGAAAGCCGCCCCUCACCCACAGGUUGUGAUGCGCAAUAUGCGCCAGUUCAUGUCCGGGAUGAAAAAUUAUCUCGUAAAGCACGGUGAGGGUGAAUUCGCGGGAGAGGUGCAGAAGGCGCGAGCCCAGCUAAAAUCUGACGAGUUCCUCAACCUCGACUCGAUACUGGAAGAGGUGAUGCACAAGCUGGUGAUAUUGCCGCUGCGUGAGCAUCUGUACGGUUUGUUUGUGGAUUACUACAGUCAGUCGGGCGAUAUACAGCUGAUUGUGGAGAAGGUUCGCUCGACCGCAGGCCGUGGUCCGCUUGCCUUCGGUAUCAAGGGCAAUGUGAUACCACCCAGCCCGACUGCCAUGCGACAAAUUGCAACUCUAUUUGUUCGUUUGCAAGAGGCUGAGCUGCCGUUGGUGAAGCUCGACCUACUGCUAGCGGCAGUAUCUACUAUCUUCGAAGCGACCACGUGCUGCAAUGGGCAGCAACUGAGUGCGGACGAUUUCUUGCCUGUGUUGGUCAUGGUAGUAGCUCACUGCGGAUUUAUUGGUGCCGAAAUCGAGGCCGAAUACAUGUGGGGGCUGUUACAGCCCUCGUUGCUCAGCGGUGAAGCGGGAUACUACUUGACCGCUCUUUGUAGUGCUGUGCAUGUGCUUAAAAAUUUUAGCCUCAGCGAGCAGGAAGGAACUUCGACUUUGGAUUGGGAUUCUUCUACGUUACCGAAUUGCUCGUCGGUACUGCGCGUAAUAAUACCCGACGAGUAUAACGGCUCGAUACAAACCCGAACGCUUCCGAUAAGGCCGCAUACAACAACGAAAGAAGUCUGCCGAAUAAUCGCCCACAAAGCCAGAAUAACGAAUGCACAGGACUAUGGAUUGUUUAAGCUGAUUGACGGUGAAGAAACUCUUCUUCAUGAUACCGAAUGUCCACAAGAUGUUCGGAUGACGGCUAAAGGGAAACAUUUUAUGAUAGCCUACAAAAGGAUCGACGCGAAAAUAGCGUGGCCAACCAUGAUGCCAAAUAAUGCUGCUACAAACAACACAAUGACCACCAGUAGCACUAGCAAUGCUACUAUUGGUACCGCAAACAACGCGAUCAGCACUACCACUAUUACUACUGCGAGUGAUAAUCAACUAAAAGUUUAG